UCAGGAUCCUGGGGUGACUCCUGGCCCAGGCCCGCCACCCCACAGCUGGCUCCAGGCCCCGAGGCAGUCCCGGGCAGGGGUCGUGGUAGUGGGCGGGACGGGGCCCCCAGACCUCCUGACCCCGCCCCGAGCGGGGGUGUAUUUGCAUGUCCCCGCCCCGCGCACGGCAUUGGCGGCGGCGGCGGGAGGCCGGGCCUGAGUGGCUGCGCGCCCGUGGAGCGGCGGGGGCGGGGCGCGAGCCGGGCGCCCGGGAUGAUGCCGCGGCCGCCGCCGGGGAAAGGGUUCGGGUCUGGGUCGGGCUCGGCGGGCGCGGGGAGCGGGACGGCCCGGGGCACUGCGGCUGCAGCGGGAGCACACUGAGCGCCCGCCCGCCAUGUCCAGGAAGAAGACCCCCAAGAGCAAAGGGGCCAGCACCCCCGCUGCCUCCACGCUGCCCGCCGCCAACGGGGCCCGACCGGCGCGCUCCGGGACUGCGCGUUCUGGCCCCGACGCGCCGCCCAACGGGCCCUUGCAGGCCGGUCGGCCCUCGCUUGGCGGCGGUGGCGACUUCUACGACGUCGCCUUCAAGGUCAUGCUGGUGGGGGACUCGGGCGUGGGGAAGACCUGUCUGCUGGUGCGAUUCAAGGACGGCGCUUUCCUGGCGGGGACCUUCAUCUCCACCGUAGGCAUCGACUUCCGGAACAAAGUUCUGGACGUGGAUGGCGUGAAGGUGAAGCUGCAGAUGUGGGACACAGCCGGUCAGGAGCGGUUCCGCAGCGUUACCCACGCCUACUACCGGGACGCUCAUGCUCUGCUGCUGCUCUACGAUGUCACCAACAAGGCCUCCUUUGACAACAUCCAGGCGUGGCUGACCGAGAUCCACGAGUACGCCCAGCACGACGUGGCGCUCAUGCUGCUGGGGAACAAGGUGGACUCUGCCCAUGAGCGUGCGGUGAAGAGGGAGGACGGGGAGAAGCUGGCCAAGGUGAGUCAGGGCAGGGGGGUGGUGCGGGGGUGCCCCUGGAGGCUGCGAGCCUGGGCUGUCCCCGCCAGGCCACCACCUGGCUGGCAGCAGCUGUUUACAGGAGUAUGGACUGCCCUUCAUGGAGACCAGCGCCAAGACGGGCCUCAACGUGGACUUGGCUUUCACAGCCAUAGCAAAGGAGUUGAAGCAGCGCUCCAUGAAGGCUCCCAGCGAGCCGCGCUUCCGGCUGCACGAUUACGUUAAGAGGGAGGGUCGCGGGGCCUCCUGCUGCCGCCCUUGAACCUGGCUGAGCUCAGUCCUCUGGAGGAAGCCGCCCAGCCCCCAGAAGGCUGGACAGAGGGUAUCCAGGUCCUUCUGACUUUGUUGCCCAGUGGCCAACGCCAGAGUGUCUGUUUUCAGGAGCCCCAGGUCAAGCCUUGUCCCUUCCUCCUCCCAGCAACAGUCCCAACAAGCAGGCUUCUGAGAGCCCGUGGCCGCACACUGGCCGCCGCGGAAAAGCAGUCUUCCGCACGGGAGGGGGAGCGGCAAGUGGACAGACUGCCACGGUGCUCUGCUGCCCCCUCCUGGGCACGCCCAGGUGAGGGACCGCUGGGGCUGGCACCUCGCCCAGUGCCUAACCCUAGAAAAGCCAUGUCUUCAGCCGCACAUGCUGCUCAGGCAGCUAAGGGAGGACGCCUGCCCAUCGUGCAUCUGCGUGUCCUGGGAGCUGCCUGCUCCCGGCCCACCCUCUAGGAGGCUCUGGCUCAAACAGCAAUAGGGUCUUCCUCGGUGACCCUGGAGGAUGCCUGUGGCCUUGUGAUAAAAUGUGGGAAAUCACAGAAACACCAGAAACAACUGCCAGCCCGGCCUGGCCACAGCUGAGGUCUGUGAUUUACGAGCACGCUCCACCUUGCACUCAAUUUGGCCUUUCGAUUGCAAGCCUUUGUUUUCAGUCCUAGUGAAUAAAGUUGUUUUCUGGA